AUGGUAUUACAAACCAGUACCGUCAAAAUAGACGCUUCUGGUACUAUAGGUUAUACCACACUAUGGAAAUGGAGCAUAGAUAUUCUAAAAAUUACCGAAUACGCACAUCCGCCUACUACUAUCCAGUAUAAUGACUCGAAUGAAUAUUUUGUUGCUAACAAGAAUGAAUUAAAUAUAGAAGAGGAAGCAGAAGCAAUAGUAGUAGUAGAAAAAUUAAAAGAAGAAAACAUGUUAUCGGAUAAUUUAGAAACAAAGAAACCGCCUUCUAAUUGGUUCAUUGUGCAGGAAGUAAUAAAUCGACAAAUAGGUAGUAAUCCAUUAUUCCAAAGAAGAUUUUAUAGUUCUUUACAUGCAGUAAAUCGACUGGAGUUUAAGUACAAACUCCAUGACAUUAACGAGGAUGUGAGUGCCUUAAGUUUCAAUCAAAAAGGAAACUUAUUAGCAAGAGCCUCUCUAAAUACAGUUUCUAUUUGGGAUUGGGCUGCAAGGAAAAAGCGUUGUUCCAGCCACUUUCCAAUUCGCAAUUACGACAUAACUGAGGCCAAAUGGCUGCCUUUAGACGUAGAAAAUUUUAUGGUCACUCGUGGUUUCUAUGGUGAUAUACAUUUAUUAGAUCUUGAAUACAACUCAUGGAAAUUGUUGCACUUUGAUUCAUCCUUUCUUGAUUCGAUAGCACGUAGAAGAAAUUUUAUAAAUGACGGGUCAUUGGCUGUGCAUCCUGAAAUACCCUAUGUCGUGUUUUCUGCUGGAAACGGCUCGAUUUCAUCCAUAGAUAUCCGGGAGGAUACAUCAAAAUUGCGCUAUAUAAAGAGAUGUCGAUAUAGUAUGUUAACAAGUAUACAUUGUAAUCCUUCUAAUAGUAAUGAAUUUUGUGUCAGCGGUUAUCGUCCCUCAUGCGUAAGGGUGUAUGAUCAGCGAAAAAUUUCGAAACCACUUUAUAAAUUGUGGAUCACCAGCAAGUAUGACAAGGAGAAGUAUACAAAAAUCGCCAUGUACAAUCACGAUGGGACAGAGAUUCUCACAUUGUGUAAACCUUCCAAAGUAUUAUUAUUUGAUAAAUCAAUGUGGUCAUGUGAAGGAAAUUCGAAUCAUACAUUAUUUGGAUGCGAUCAAUUUAGUGAUUCUGUACCUGGUGUACCUGGUGAGAUUGUCCAGGGACGUUAUUUUAGAUCUAUACGUGGAAUCAAUUUUUUCGGACCUAAAAGUGAAUUUAUUAUAUCUGCAUCCAAUCUUAGUGAUAUAUUCAUUUAUGACAAGAAAAAAAGAACUGCGGCACAGUGGUUGAUAGAAGAUUACCAACUCGAAGUGGAUAGUCAUCAUUGCUUAGGUCAUCCCCAUAUUCCUAUUCUUGCAACGGCAAGUAAGUCCAAUGUCCUGAUAUGGAUGCCUUCGAGCAAUGAAGAUCCAACAAAAUCAAUAUUUAGGACUGAAACGUCACCUCAAAUCGUACGGAGAUCUACGAGACCUCGCCACCCUCCACUACGAUAUACACCAAACUAACCGCAUUGUCCUUAGAAAUUCAUGUACUCUAAAUACAAAAA